CGAGGACUGCGGGCGAGCGGUGCUCGAAAGGGGCGAGACAAAGAAGCUUAUUCGUUGCGUUUACGACUUCUCAUCCACAGUGGCUCUCCCUACGCUGAAGAAGUACACCGCAUUCUCGGUGGAAGCAGUCCCACAUCCCAAGGAAUGGUAAAUGAGCCAUCCGAGCAAUUUGCGGCCCGACAAGUCUUGCAUCCCGCCUCUUGUUGGACCAACGUCGUGAACUUGUCAACACGUGGAAUCCCCAUGGGGUUCGAUUUCAAUGUGUCACAGGAGCUCUAUCAAUUCGUCAUUGCUUCUGCUUGGCGGGAGGAAUAG